AUGGCCCCUCCAUAUCCCACUCCUCCCACUGCCCGACGCGGAUCUGAGUUUACGCCGCGAGACGAGACCGACCUCAUCAGCCGACUGCAUUCAGACGCUCUUGAUACGCCCGUCUCCCUCACACGACGACUUGCCAAAUCCAGGACAACACACGCGCGAGUGAAUCCCAACCUCAGCUCUUCCGACUCUGAGGGCGACGCCAACGCCGAACCGUCUUCGCAGCAGAAUCGCGGCCGCCAGCCGAACCACUCCCGCUCCAUGAGCAAUCCGUUUCCGUCGCUCUUCAACGGCCGUAGGAGGCAGGGCUCGGCUUCAAAGCCCUCCGUCGACGUGGAUAGACCAAACGGUGGCCCUGCUCCGAGCAACAGGCCGGUACAGACGCACAAACGAGGGAACCCCUCCAUGAGCAAGGACUUUGCUACCGGCAAUUGUAUGACAUGUGCCUCGCUCGUAAAGUGGCCUAAGGAGUUAAAGGUCUUCAAGUGUACCAUUUGCAUGACCAUCAAUGACUUGGUUCCAAUUACGCCAGGACAAGGUCCCAGGACGAGUCCCUUUGGCCAACUCAAUAUGCCCAUCUCUCUUGAUCAAACAAAACAUCUGGUCCGGCAAAACCUGCGAUCUUAUGUUCUCAGGAGGCUUCGCGACUUGUCAGCUGAGGCUCAGGUUGAGCAGGCUGGCGACGACUGGCCGCUGCGGCAAGAUCGACUACAUCCAGAUCUUGCCAUACGGACUCAUGAACCACUGGAUAUCACUCCAGUAAGAAAGGGUUCCGUCACCAAGUAUACCUUUGAUGAGGAGCCAACACUGCAUCUCAAUACCGCAAGCGCCAAUCCUCCAAUCGCCAUGUCCAGGUCGUAUCCUUCAUCUUCCAAUGAGCAAACCGGGUUAAAAGGCCCGCCGCCCAACAGCAACAAUAAUCAUGUCAGCCCGCGCCCACGAGAUCGGUCUGCUGGCCCGCCUGAUGACCCUAGAAAGAUAUUCAAGCAAUUAGAAGACUACAUUACAAAUUGUUUCAAUAACUUUGAAUGUAUCAACUCUUCCUUUUCCACGCAGCAUCCCCGAUAUGCUUCGAGAUCCGCAAGUGAUACCCCUCGACGUCCCUCGGUCCCCUCAAGGGACGUGCGGCAGCCCGCACAGAUAAAAAUUGAUUUGGACCCGAAAUUGCUACUGCUGGGCGAUGUUGCGGAAAAUGGGCUGUGGUGGACGGGCCAAGACACAAUGGCGCCGAAGAAGACUCCCAACAAGGAGGAGCCUGUCCACGUUCACCGACCAUCCCCACAAACAAGAUCACCGCAGUUGAAUUGGACCGAUAUUGAUGAAUGGUACUCAGUCGUGAACAAUGCAGCAAAAGGCUGGUUCCAAAUCUACGAAGAGGUCUCGGCGGAUCUUUCUCUGGGCCACCUUGCUGAGCAAGAACUUCGUGCUAUCGAACAGGAUGUGCUCAAGGGACAGGAUCACACUCAACGGUUGUUGUUAAAAGUUACUGAAAACCUGCUGAAAAGACCCGGCCGCCCAAUCAAGGACCCGAUGGAUCUUCGAUUCCUUCUGAUCAUCAUGGAAAAUCCGUCUCUUCACUCGGAUAAUGAAAGCUUCAAGGGGCUACUCCAGCCCGAGAUGAACCAGUCUAUACGUUCGAGACCAACAGAUGUAAAUCGCCCUGCUGGAAAUACAGGUCUCCUAUCAGGGCAGCACUCUGGAAUCGUUAAACGAAUACUGGGAUUGAUAUCGAAUGCAUCGCCAGAGUGCCAAAACCAAAUGAUAACUUGGCUGGCUAGAUACCAUGCCGCACGCUUCAUUAAAGUGAAAGAGCUAGCAUCGGGGUUUUUGACAUACAGGAUGAUUCGACAAAGCGAAAAGAAGCAGACUGAGCAUACAGUGGAUCCGACAGCUGGGUUGAUACCACAGAUGCGGGCUGGUCGACACGGUGGUGCAUCUCUUCAUGAUGCGAUAGGCGGGCCUAGACCUACUAAGAAGUCCAAGGAGCCACCCAAGGUGAUUUCCUAUUCAGAUGACUGGCAGAUCAAGGCUGCUUCCCGUGUGCUAUCCCUCUUGUUUUCCGCAAACAACAUGUCACCGAAUCGUCGCGGCGAGGAUGCUCAUCCAAAUAGUCAAGUUACCUGGAACGGAGCAGCUCGUGUUGGCGGAUACUUUCUUCCACCCACUGAUUUCUACAAUUCCAUGAUAGACUACACCGAUCUCAUUGACGAUUUCGAGUCUUGGGAAUCUAAGAGGAGUAAAUUCUCCUUCUGCCAAUACCCGUUUCUCUUGAGCGUAUGGGCAAAAACGCACAUCCUAGAGCACGAUGCCCGUCGACAGAUGCAAAGCAAAGCUCGGGACGCCUUUUUCGAUAGCAUCAUGACUCGAAGGAACAUCAACCAAUAUCUAGUCCUUGAUGUACGUCGAGACUGCCUUGUUGAUGACAGUUUGACAGCUGUGAGUAGCGUCAUUGGCAGUGGUGGUGAAGAUUUGAAGAAAGGUCUCCGCAUUUCGUUCCAGGGAGAGGAGGGAAUAGAUGCGGGUGGUCUCCGUAAAGAAUGGUUCUUGCUCCUCAUCCGGGAGGUUUUCAAUCCCGAUUAUGGCAUGUUCAUCUAUGACGACGACUCGCAGUAUUGCUACUUCAACUCAAACUCGUUCGAGCCUGCUGAUCAGUUCUUUUUGGUUGGCGUUGUCAUGGGCUUGGCUAUCUACAAUUCUACCAUUUUGGAUGUUGCCCUGCCUCCUUUUGCUUUCCGAAAACUCAUUGCUUCAGCCCCUUCUCCCCCUGGAUCAAUCAUACAGCAUCGACCACCGAUGAGAUAUACGCUAGACGAUUUGGCUGAAUACCGCCCACGACUUGCAAAUGGAUUAAGACAACUUUUAGCUUUCGACGGAGAUGUCGAAGAAACAUUUUGCUUGGAUUUUGUCAUUGAAACGGAUAGAUACGGCUCCAAGGUACAAGUGCCUCUCUGCCCCGGGGGCGAAAGUAAGCCCGUGACAAAUGAGAAUCGGCGAGAAUACGUCGAUCUUUACGUGCGGCACGUUCUCGACAUUGCAGUGAAGAGACAGUUUGAGCCCUUCAAGAGGGGCUUUUACACGGUCUGUGGCGGCAAUGCGUUUUCUCUUUUCCGGCCUGAGGAGAUUGAACUCCUUAUCAGGGGGUCUGAUGAGCCAUUGGAUAUCGCGUCGUUAAGGGCCGUGGCGGAGUAUGAUAACUGGGAGAGCAAACAGCCUGAAGAAACCGAGCCAGUCAUUGGCUGGUUCUGGGAGACGUUUCAACAGGCUACUCCUAGUGACCAACGCAAGCUACUUACAUUUGUCACUGGAAGUGACCGCAUACCGGCGAUGGGGGCCGCAUCGCUGACGAUCAAAUUGUCUUGUCUUGGUGAUGACUGUGGGAGGUAUCCCAUUGCCAGAACGUGCUUCAAUAUGUUAUCUCUCUGGCGUUAUGCUUCAAAGGAAAGGCUAGAAUCAAUGUUGUGGAGAGCAGUUCAUGAGAGUGAAGGAUUCGGUCUCAAGUAA